ACUCGAAUCGAUCUUAUCACCAGCCUCCAUCCCGAUCUCUCAUUUCGAUCAUCAAUAAUAUCAGUUACCAAGUUGAACCAAGAAACAUAUACUGCUACUGCAUCCAUCUCUUUCAGUUUCAUUUACAACUUCAUCUUCUUGGGUCAUCAGUAUAGUUGAUUGGGUUUUGGGGACUCGGUAUAUAACUGAUGGAUUUGUUUAACUCGGUUCUGAAUUUCGUGGUGCCACCGGCAAGUUUGGUGAUGCUGGCUUUUUCUUGGCCUGCAUUGUGCUUCAUCAGUGGUCUCGAGUGGCUUUACAACCAGUUCAAUGGUGAAAUUAUGGAGGACAAAGUUGUUAUAAUCACUGGAGCUUCUUCUGGCAUAGGGGAGCAAAUUGCAUAUGAAUAUGCAAAGAGGAGAGCGCAGCUUGUAUUAGUGGCAAGAAGAGACACCAGACUGCGAGGGAUUGCUGAGAAUGCAAGGUUCUUGGGUGCAAAGCAUGUUUUGAUAAUUGCUGCUGAUGUUGUCAAGGAGGAGGACUGUAGGAGAUUCAUUAAUGAAACCAUAAACAUUUACGGCCGAGUGGAUCAUCUGGUAAACACGGUAAGCUUGGGACACACGUUCAGCUUUGAGGAAGUUACAGACACCUCUGUGUUCCCCCAGCUGUUGGACAUAAAUUUUUGGGGAAAUGUUUAUCCUACAUAUGUUGCUCUUCCUUACCUGCGUCAAACCCAUGGAAAAGUCAUUGUGAAUGCUUCAGUUGAGAGCUGGUUACCUUUGCCGCGGAUGAGCUUAUAUGCUGCGGCAAAGGCAGCUCUAGUCAACUUUUAUGAGACGCUGAGAUUAGAAGUAAGAGACGAGGUGGGGAUAACAAUUGCAACUCAUGGAUGGAUUGUUAGUGAAAUGUCAAGAGGCAAGUUCAUGGUAGAUGAGGGUGCUGAAAUGCAAUGGAAGGAGGAAAGAGAGGUACAAGCGAGCGGUGGACCGGUGGAGGAUUUUGCAAGGUUAAUUGUAGCAGGGGCUUGUCGAGGAGAUCCAUAUGUGAAGUAUCCAAGCUGGUAUGACAUAUUCCUGCUUUACAGGGUGUUUGCACCGAAUAUUCUGAAUUGGACAUUCCGCAUGAUUCUUCCAACUCAUGGUACAAGAAGAACUUCACUCGUGGGCACGGGGAGGCCUAUUUCAUCUGAAGGUAGAAAUAAUGGAAGGCUUUUGUUGGAAGGAACUUCACCAAGGAGACAUCUUGGUAGUCCAACUUUCACUCCACUCGGUCACCAGCACAAACUGGAAUAAUGAAUUGAGAUAUCCUUCUGGGAAGCAGAAAUGUUGUAAGCAUCAAUCUUUCAGGAAUUCGUUUUGUUGUGGUGUAACUGGUGUUAAGCAGCGACAAUGCACAUUUUGAACAGUCGAGAGGAAUAUUUAAUUGGAUUUUGUUUGUGUAAUAAAAUCUUUUCAGCUUUAAUAAU